CGUAUUUUAGCGGAGGGUUUGACUGAUCUGACAGCAGCUAUGACUGAGGGAACGCACCUGCGGAGGCGAGGGGGGCCGUAUAAGACGGAGCCAGCCACAGACCUAAGCCGCUGGAGGCUGACCAAUGUGGAGGGCCGGCAGACGUGGCGGUACCUGGAAGAUCAGGAGACCGCAGACAGAGAGCAGAGAAUGCUGGAGGCCCAUUCACUCGGCUUGGACACGAGUAAGUUCGUGUCCGACUCUCCAGCCGCCCACACUGCUGUGGACGCCGCAGUGAAAGGCAUGCAUUUCUACAGUCAAUUGCAGGCCGAGGACGGUCACUGGGCAGGAGACUAUGGAGGGCCUCUCUUCCUGUUGCCAGGUCUCCUGAUCACCUGCCAUGUAGCUAAGAUCUCUCUGCCUGAGGCUUGGAAGAAGGAGAUGGUGAGGUACCUGCGCUCAGUCCAGCUCCCUGAUGGAGGCUGGGGUCUACAUGUUGAAGACAAGUCCACCGUCUUUGGCACAGCGCUGAGUUACACCUCACUUCGGAUCCUGGGAGUGGAUCCCGAUGAUCCAGACAUGGUUCGUGCCAGGAACAACCUGCACAGCAAAGGUGGAGCAGUUGGGAUUCCCUCGUGGGGUAAAUUCUGGUUGGCCAUUUUGAACGUCUACAGCUGGGAGGGAAUGAACACGCUCCUCCCUGAGAUGUGGCUCUUCCCCACCUGGAUGCCGGCCCACCCCUCCACCCUGUGGUGUCACUGUCGGCAGGUCUACCUCCCGAUGAGUUACUGUUAUGCCGUCAGACUGGCCGCAGACGAAGAUCCCCUGGUUCUCAGCCUCAGACAGGAGCUUUACGUGCAGGACUAUGCUUUUAUAAACUGGCCGGCGCAGAGGAACAACGUGGCAGCAUGUGACAUGUACACACCUCACAGCACACUCCUCACAGUCGCUUACAUGGUGUUAAAUGUAUAUGAAGCCCACCACAGUACCACGCUGAGAGGAAAAGCAGUCAAAGAGCUGUAUGAUCACAUCGAGGCCGACGAUCGCUUCACGAAAUGCAUCAGCAUUGGCCCGAUCUCCAAGACUAUCAACAUGCUGGUUCGCUGGUAUGUCGAUGGUCCCUCCUCUGCAGCCUUUCAGGAGCACGUGUCCAGGAUCCCGGACUACCUCUGGUUGGGACUGGAUGGAAUGAAAAUGCAGGGGACGAAUGGAUCUCAGCUCUGGGACACCUGCUUUGCUGUGCAGGCUUACCUCGAGGCAGGAGCUCAGGACGACCCAAAACUAGCUGAAUGCCUUCGAGACGCCCAUCAGUUUCUCACUAUCACACAGAUCCCGGAGAAUCCUCCUCAAUAUCAGAAGUACUACAGACAGAUGAAUAAGGGAGGUUUCCCCUUCAGUACCCGUGACUGUGGUUGGAUUGUGGCCGACUGCACUGCAGAAGGCCUGAAGUCACUGAUGCUGCUGCAGGAGCUCCGCCCCUCCAUCAGGCAGCCCGUCCCUUUUGAGCGUCUGUGUGAUGCCGUCAACGUGCUGCUGAGCAUGAAAAACACAGAUGGUGGAUUUGCCACAUAUGAAACUAAGAGAGGAGGGAGACUCCUGGAGCUGCUCAACCCCUCUGAGGUUUUCGGCGACAUCAUGAUUGAUUACACAUAUGUGGAGUGCACCUCAGCAGUUAUGCAGGCUCUGAGGCAUUUCCAGAAGGUCUACCCUGAUCAUCGUGCCGAGGAGAUAAGGUCGACUCUGAGAGAGGGGCUGGAGUACUGCAGGAAAGUUCAGAGACCUGAUGGAUCUUGGGAAGGGCAUCCUGACAGGAAGUCCAUUGAGAGGGGAGUACAGAUGCUGAUUGACAAGCAGUUGCCCAACGGAGACUGGCCACAGGAGAAUAUUGCAGGUGUGUUCAAUAAAAGCUGUGCCAUCAGCUACACCUCAUACAGAAACGUCUUCCCGAUCUGGACCCUCGGCCGCUUCUCACGACUUUAUCCCACCAGUGGGCUGGCCGGGAAGGUCAAGCUCUGAACAGACUGCAUGCCAAAAAACAUCAAUGUCUCCAACAAAAAAUAGAAAAACAACAUUUACUGGAACACAUAAUCUCUGUUUUUAAGUCACACCUGAAAUGACUCAAUGAACAUUCACCAUUGAUGUGUUUCAGCUGCGAACACGUUUCAUUCUUUGAAUUACUUCCUGUCCACGCAGCCAGAGCUCCUCCUUAAAAUCCUUUCUCAGUCUGAUCUUAAACAUUCAUGUGUACAAAACAGACUCCUGUCGAUGUCGCCUUACAUCCCCUUUUACUUGUAGUUUACUCUUUAUUUGAUCUUAAUAAUUAAAAAAGAA